AUGGGACAGCACUGUUCAAAAUGGGAUAGCACUAUUCAAAGUGGGAUAGCCCUUUUUAAAGUGGAAAGCACUUUUCAAAAUGGGACAGCACUAUUCAAAGUGGGACAGCACUAUUCAAAGUGGGAUAGCACUUUUCAAAAUGGGACAGCACUUUCAAAGUGGAAAGCACUAUUCAAAGUGGGACAGCACUGUUCAAAAUGGGAUAGCACUAUUCAAAGUGGGAUAGCCCUUUUUAAAGUGGAAAGCACUUUUCAAAGUGGGAUAGCACUUUCAAAGUGGGAAAGCACUAUUCAAAGUGGGAUAGCACUUUUCAAAGUGGGAUAGCACUAUUCAAAGUGGGAUAGCCCUUUUUAAAGUGGGAAAGCAC